AUGUCCUCACGAGGUCUAAAACCUUCUUAUAAGGUUCUUCCUUCGCAAGAUAGCUUAGCUCACUACAGAGAAGCUGUGCCACAGAUAUAUGGAGUUCGUUGGAGUUCUCCCAAAACUGUUGAUGAGAUAACGAAUUUCGGUUUUGUGGAACGCAGCGAUGACUCCCUCGAUGAUUUGGAGCUUCUCUUGAAUCUUCUACCUUCACUUAAAGUCAAGCAAGUUGCAAAAAUUUUUGAAGCUGGAUGCAAUCAAAAUGAAGGCAGACUUAGCGAAGAUGUUAAUAUAUUUUUCUUCGCACCAGCAAGGUUUUUUCGGAUUGAAAGGCACUGUCAAAAAACGGCUGAUAGAAACAAUAAAAACUGA